GUAUGAAAUGGCCGUUUUCCCGGUGAAGCUACACUACUACAACUUCUCGAACCCUCUCGACAACUCCUUAGUUGUUAUCUCCGACAGAGUAGAGCAAAAACCCUAGAACCCACCCUUAUGGCGAUCAUCUCCGAGGUCGAAGAGGAAACCAGCAGCAGCAGCCGGCCCUCGAUCUUGCCCUUUAGGGCGACCUUCGAUUCCUCGAACCCACUAGGUUUCUUGGAGAAAGUGUUCGACUUUCUUUCUCAACAGAGCGAUUUCCUCAAGAAACCCUCCGCGGAGGCUGAGAUCUCCGCCGUAGUUAGGGCGGCGAAGGAGAAGCUGACGAAAGCUGAGAAGAAGCCUGUGGAGAAGGAGAGUGUGAAGCCUACUAUGGCUGCUUCUUCAAGCUCAGAGCCAAUUGAAGUUACGGAGAAGAAACAGGAACCUGGUCCCAUUGCUCCGAACAAAGGUAAUGGUUAUGAUCUUGAGAACUACUCGUGGGUCCAGACUCUCGGGGAGGUCACAGUUAACAUUCCUGUGCCUAGUGGCACUAAAGCACGGUCUGUUGUGUGUGAGAUCAAGAAGAACCGUCUUAAGCUUGGUCUCAAAGGCCAGGAUCCUAUCAUCGAUGGAGAGCUGUACCGAUCUGUGAAGCCUGAUGACUGCUACUGGAACAUCGAGGAUCAAAAGAUGAUAUCGAUUCUGUUGACAAAGCAAGAUCAGAUGGAGUGGUGGAAAUGCUGUGUGAAAGGCGAACCUGAGAUCGACACGCAGAAAGUCGAGCCAGAGAACAGUAAAUUAGCUGACCUUGACCCUGAAACUCGCUGCACUGUUGAGAAAAUGAUGUUUGAUCAAAGGCAAAAGCAGAUGGGACUUCCAACGAGCGACGAGCUGCAGAAGCAAGACAUCCUCAAGAAAUUCAUGUCUCAGCAUCCAGAGAUGGACUUCUCAAACGCAAAGAUUAACUGAUGCGCUCGUGUUGUCUGCUCUCUCUGCCCCCCCCCCCCCCCCCCCAAAAAAAAACUUGUUUUGUAGUUGCAUUGCACCCUCAGAUACUUGUUCUUGCUUUUGUUUUGUCUACUGAAGGAAUAAUAUUUCGGUUAUGUUUGGUUGGUUUUUGUUGAAUGAAGUUUGAAAAUCCGGUUCUGCUUU